UCAAACUCAAGGUGGCAAAGCCGAAAGAGUAUUUAAACCAACGACUUCGGCUUCAACAUCAACCAGUUCAAUCUUCAGGUUUUUUCGGCGUUCUUCGUCCGGCAAUUUCUCGUCCGGAUUCUACGUGAGAAACUGUACCCUGAUCAAGGUAAACAGUGUCAUUCAAGAAUGACUUGCAUCAAUUUGGCAACAUUCGUUGGCCUUUUCGUCUGUCUUAUCCAAUUAGCAGACAGCAAUCCGUACAACAAUCAACGGUAUUCCGGGCAUUCGUUCUCGUCGAGAUCCGGUCCUAAUGGAAACGGGAUCGCAUACAGUGGAUCUAGUUAUCACUCCCUUGGCAUCCAGGCAACAGCUCAACAACAACCUCAACAAGGUCGUUCUAAUAACGAACAGUACUGGUGGCAAGGAUCUCAAUCACCUUUUAGUGAAACAGCAGCACAAAACAGAGGUGUUUCUUCCGGGGCUCGGGCUAUCGAUACAUCACGAGCUCACGCCCGUCCCUUAGUUCCUGGUUGUGGUGGAGGAAAGUGUUUUGGAGCUGCUGGUCAUUCCGCAGUAGCAUCCAGCCAUAGCAACAGUAAUGGGCAGCAAAAUUAUGUCAGCCAGCAGUACCUGCCUCCAACUGCUGCAUCAUCCUCUCAUUCGGCACAAGUUCCUCAUCAGUCCCAGAAUUUUGGUGGGGCUGCAUCUCAAGGUCAGUCUUCAAAUGUUGCGCCAUUCCCUGGAUGUGCGGCCGCAAUGAAAUGCGUCACCGAAGAAUUUUGCAGUGUUGAUGGUGUUAUGGUUAACACACCCGUAAGGCUAUCCCCAUACGAAAAGGAACACCUCAGGGUCCCAUUGAUGGAGUGCACGAAUUCCGAAACUAACCAAGUUGGAUUCUGCUGUCGUGACCCAUUGUACGAAGAUCCCUGGCCCGCUGAUAUGCCUAUGCCCGGCAUGACCAAAUUGCCGACCCAACCAGGUGGUGCUUCGUUAAAUCGACCUGUAGUCUCUGCUCCUGCUGUGUCAUCCAUUAACAGCAUACCUUCAGUUUCGUCUUUUAACAACGGUCAGUCAAAUGUCAAUCGACCCGCCGUUGCAGUCACAGCUGCGGUUUCUACAGGUAGCAAUGGAAGGCCAGUGUCUAGUGUAGGUGCUGCGGCUUCUUCAUUCAAUCAAGCAUCACCCGCUCAGCAUGGACAACCAUCUCAACACUACGGCCCUCCUUCAGGGACCCCAUCACAACGACCUUUUAACCAGCAACCCGCUGGCCAAGCUCAACGACCUGCCACUGCAUACCAACCGCCCACACCGACUUACCAGGCUUCUCAGAGCCAGCAGCAAACAAAUACUCUUCAAGGUCCACCGGCCCCACCUUUUGCUGGAUGCGCAGCUGCUAUGAAAUGCGUGACCGAGGAAUACUGCAGUGUCGAGGGUGUUAUGGUCAACACACCUGUGAGGUUAUCUCCGUACGAGAAGGAAUACCUACGCGUUCCAUUGAUGGUACGUUUCUAAAGCCCAAUGUCUAAUAUUCAGAAUUUGAUUGUUGACGAAUCAAAUUUUAAAAUGUGAUUUUCUUCAAAGGAAUGUACGAAUCCCGAUACUAAUCAAGUGGGAUUCUGCUGUCGGGAUCCGUUGUACGAAGAUCCUUGGCCCGCUGGCAUGCCUAUGCCCGGUAUGACCAAGGUACCAACUCAAACAGGUGGUGCUUCAUUAAAUCGACCUGUAGUCUCUGCAUCUGUUGCUGCCGUCUCGACCAAUAAUGGCAGGCCUUCAGUUUCGUCCUUUAACAACGGUCAGUCAAAUGGAAAUCGACCAACCGUCACAGCCACAGCUGCUGGGUCAUCCAGUAGCAAUGGAAGGACCCGUAGUAGGCAAGGUGCUGCGGUUUCAUUUAGUCAACAAGGGCAGCAGACCAACCAAUAUGUUAUUCCCACUUCACCGGGCCCAACACCGAGACCCGUCAGCCCCCAAGUGGCUUCUGCAUCCUAUCAACCACCAUCGCAAUCCUAUUUGCCACCCCCUGCCCAGAAACCUGCCACGCCCCCACACACGGCUUCUGGUUUCAAACCUGCCCGGCCUGCAUAUCAACAGCCAGCACCUUCUUCUCACCAACCUACAUACCAAGCUUCUCAGAGUCAGACAAAUACUGCUUCUAUCCUCCAAGGCCCACCGGGUAGUUCUUUUCCUGGAUGCGCUGCUGCAAUGAAAUGCGUGACUGAAGAAUUCUGCAGUGUUGACGGUGUGAUGGUUAACACACCAGUAAGGUUGUCUCCUUACGAGAAAGAGUACCUCCGCGUUCCGUUGAUGGCUUGCCUGAAUAAAGACACGAACCAAGAAGGAUUUUGCUGCAGAGAUCCAUUGUACAAUGACCCAUGGCCAGCUGGUAUGCCAAUGCCGUAAAAAUAACAUUCCAUUGUCGACGAAUUUAACUUGAAAUCGGACCAAGCAACGAGUGGUAACACCUAGCCCAACGAAGCCAAUUUUUGACUAACCAUUUUCUAAAGCGUUCAAUUACCGUAGUGCUUCUGUCACGUGACGAAUUAUACACGAUUGGUUUUCUUCCAACA